AUGGAUGUUGUUAAUUAAGAAAGAAUAUAUAGAAUCAUUAGAUUAAAUACAUGUCUUAUACUCGCAAUUACAUCAGAAAGACAAUUAAAAAUUUAUCAUCAUAAUGAUUUUGAUGCUCCAUUAAUAAUAUAUAAUUUUCCUGAUUAAGAUAUUGAACCAAAAGAAGCUAUACGUAUUAAUCAUGAUGAUUUCGUUAUUUGGGCAAGGAACAAAAAUAGAUUAUAUUUUUUCAGAUUAAUACACAAUACUAAUAUUGUAAGAAUAAUAUUAGAAAGAUCAAUAAACCUUUAUAGAGAAUAUUAAAAUUUCUGGAAACAUAAUAACAAUAGUAUUGCUGGUCUUUAUUUUUAUGGUUAAGCGAGGUGCUGGAAUUUAUAUUAGUGUAAUUAAGAAGUGGGAUAAUGA